AUGUUAACUUUUUCUGGUGUAAGUAACGACUCUGAAUCGAUUUGGGAGUCGUCGCAUGUCAUUAUUCUUGCUGUCUUACGUGAUUUAUUACUAAGCAUGAAGUUCACAUUAUCGAUUCACUGUGUUAUGAAGUGCGCGGACACCAGAAUCGAACUACCUACUGGUUCACCAUCCUGGCAGACAUCACUGUUCUCGGAUCUCACUCGCUUGUUCCACGUAUUGAGGAAAAUACGGAUUUAA